AAGGAGUGAGUUGAUGUUUAACUUCAUCUGAGCUUUUGUAAACUGACCAAAAUCUUCAAAGCAAAAAGGUUCUUGCUGCCUUCAGCCCACAGUCGCAUUUUUCAUUCUGCUCCUGUCGAUGGCCUCUGACAAAUGACAGCUCUUCUAGCGUUAAGCAUCCCUCAUGAACCGUUCCAAAGGCAUGAUGCUGGCUUCUGGAUUCCUUUUUCUUCCCCUCCCCGUUUUUAUUACAUAAAGCUGACAACUGCAGAUUUGUCCUAUGCUGACACUCAGCCAGUCAAAUGAAGGAGUUCAUGUUCAUCCCAGCUUGCUUCACUUUGCUGGUUCCUCCUCCAGCCCUGACUUUCAGCUCAAGUAACAUGAUACUGCUUGGCAGGGGCUGAUAGAAUCCCUGGCACAUUGGAAAGCGGCUUAAUGUAAAGUCUGCUGCUUUUUUAAAGCUUUUUCGAAGGCUGGUGGUGGUUCCUCACAAAUUUUGACUGCAGGGCUCCUCGCAAAUGCUCCAGAUGCAACUGCGAGCAGGAGGGUUACAAAUACAGUCCAGAAAUUGAUUAUUUUCCCCCUCCCCCUUUUUUUAAUUAAAGGCAGACAUGGACCAAAUGGAAGGACUUUCUGCAGACAGCAACAAGAGUUUUCUCUCAUCUGAAGAGGAGAAGUGUGGGAGAUAUAAAUCCAUUGUGGGAUUUUUAUGCAUUUUAUACGUUUUCCCUCUGGUGGCUUUGCUGGCUACUCUGAAAGAUCCAGUGGGAACUGCAGCUCAGAAACCUCAGGAAGACGCCAUAUCGCCUGGCCUUCGGGGAGUGAUUGCCCCAGCUCUCCCACACCUACCCCAUACACGGAGAAAACGAUACACACUUACACCAGGGCAGCUGAAGUGGGACCAUUUCAACCUGACGUACAGAAUCGUGUCCUUCCCGAGAAAUCUCAUUAAUGAGAGUGUCACACGGAAGGGGUUGGCAGCUGCUUUCCGAAUGUGGAGCAAUGUUUCACCAUUCAACUUCAAGGAGGUGCCACCCAACUCAGCUAGUGACCUGAAAAUAGGCUUCUAUUCCAUAAACCAUACUGAUUGCCUGGAGUCACUCAUCCAUCAUUGUUUUGAUGGGACGACAGGGGAGCUUGCCCAUGCUUUCUUCCCGAAAAAUGGGGAAAUCCAUUUUGAUGACCAUGAAUAUUGGAUAUUGGGAAACACUCGGUUCAGCUGGAAAAAGGGUGUUUGGCUUACAGACCUGGUACACGUAGCAGCUCAUGAAAUUGGACAUGCCCUGGGACUCAUGCACUCCCUGAACUCUAAUGCCCUGAUGCACAUCAAUGCCACUUUAAGUGGGAAAAAGACCAUCUCCCAGGAUGACGUCUGGGGGAUUCACAGACUCUAUGGCUGCACAGACAGACUAUUCGUAUGUCCAUCAUGGGCUCGGAAAGGUUUCUGUGAGACUCGUAGGAAGUUGAUGAAAAAGCACUGUCCGUCCAGCUGUGAUUUCUGCUACGAAUUCCCUUUUCCAACCAUAGCGCCAACUCCUCCUCCACUCAGGACGAAAACCAAGAUAGUUCCUGAAGGCAGAAAUGUCACCUUUCGCUGUGGACAGAAGAUUAUUCAUAAAAAAGGCAAAGUUUACUGGUAUAAAGAUAAGGAGCUUCUGGAAUACUCAUAUCCAGGUUACUUAGCCUUAAAUGAUGACCACAUGAGCAUUAUUGCCAAUGCAAUUAACGAAGGAACCUAUACCUGCAUUGUGAAGAAAAAGCAAAGAAUCCUGACUACCUAUUCCUGGAGGAUUAGGGUUAGGCACUAACAAGGGUCUUGAAUGAGGAUUCAGUUACUGCUAGUUAUGUUUAACAAAAACCCAUCCUCUUCAGCAUUUUAUGUUUAACCUCCAGCAGAGCAACCCACCAUAGAAAUCAGCUGCUACCAGUGAUUGGGCAAGAAUGUUGGACACUGGGACCUGAUCAUUGGAAAAAUUCUCCUCCAAGAGUUUACUAUUAAUGAAUUUAUCAAGCACAUGCUGCUGCAAAAGAGAAAAAAAUCUUGAAGCCAAGAUGACCCAGGUAAUUGUAGAUCAUUUAAAAACUAACCAAUCCUUCACUGUAUUAAUGGAACCUGGAAUUAGAUUAAAAAAGGACUGGUUAAUGUUCUAGGGUUUGUCUUGCUGUCAAGCAUUUCUUUGUAUUUAAAUAACUUUCUAAAAUACCAACAUAUAGCAUCAGAGGAGCUUGAAACAAGACUGACCCCUGGCUGUAUUCUCCAUGGAUGCUGUUGUUCGAGCACUGAAGGAGUGGGGGAUCUAACUCUAGAAUGAGCUUUUUUUCAGAAACUCCUUUUUAUAGGGGAAAUUUCUCUGAUUCCAAAUGUUAUAUAACUAAAAUAGCCAGGGAAUGCAUCUCUCCCCCCCCCCCCCCCCCCACAUUUUUCUGUGGUUUGCAUUAAUCACAAUGUGUUGUUUACCUCUGUAGUCUCCAAGUCUUUAUCAGAUGUCAUUGUUAGAUAACAAGUUACCAAUAAAUUACGGAAAUGCUUUUGUUUUUUG